AUGACCAAUGGGACCCGGCCGAUUCAUUUGCCAACUCUCCCACCCACCGUGAUAUCAAUGUUCCUUCUGUCAAUCGUGGUAGAUUGCGGAUCUAAAUCUUAUUUUUGGCUUCCUUUUAUCCCCUUAAUUAUAAUUUUAAUGGUGGGAACCAAGCUGCAAGUGAUCAUAACAAAAAUGGGCCUAAAGAUUCAAGAACGAGGGAAUGUGGUGAAGGGUACACCGUUGGUUGAACCGGGCGAUGACCUCUUCUGGUUCGAUCAUCCGCGUUUUCUUCUUUUUCUCAUUCACGUCGUUCUUAUGCAGAAUGCAUUUCAACUGGCAUUUUUCGUGUGGGGCACGUAUGUAUUUACCAUAAAUUCUUGCUACCAUAAGAAAAUCGAAGAUAUCAUAAUUAGAAUCUCUAUUGGACCGACCCGAACUUGUCCAAAAAUAUUAUACAUUAAUUUAUGUACUUUUAAUUGUGUGCAGAUGGGAACCAACAUGAGACCAACAAUCUUCGAUGAAAAAGUUGAUGAUGCACUUAAAAACUGGCACCAAACAGCCAAGGAACAAACUAAACAAGGCAAGAACUCGGAGAAUACAACGCCGUUUUCGAGCAGACCAGUAACUACAAUGCGUGGGACGUCUCCGGUUGUCAUGUCCAUGGAUGAGGAAUUAGGGAUUUCAGAAGAGCGGCAUCAACCAAUAUGA